UUCCAAUAAAAAAUGUCAGUUAGCAGGAAUCCAAUAUGAGGUGAGCUGCUUCUCUGUCUAGCUGACAACUAUGAACUCAUGCACAUAAAUUUAAACUCAGUUUUGAAAUUAACUCCUCUGUCCUUUCUUUCUCUUUCACUCUCUGUUUCUUUCCCACAACUACACUCCACUCCACUCUCUCACUCUCACUCUCACUCUCAUAUCUCAUAUCUCAUAUCUCUGCAAAUUUCUACUCGCCUAAAAAUCCCAUUUUUAUCACAACCACGGAGACCCAGAUGCAGUUUGAGUCCGUUCGAGCAUGAAAUGAGUUUGAGUUUCUUCAUCUCUUGUUGGGGGGUGAAUGGGGUGCAUGGUGUCUCAGUUGGCCGCGAAAUUCGCCUUCUUUCCGCCGUCUCCGCCGACGUAUCAGCUCAAAAAGAGGGACGACGGCAAGCUCACGGUGGUCUCCACGGCGGCGCCGAUUCCCCACGCCGAUGACACCUCCUUGGACGUUCUCCUCGUCGACACCAAGCAUGGUAACAAGAUUGUAGCGUUUUAUCUCAGAAACCCUUACGCACGCCUCACUCUGCUCUAUUCUCAUGGCAAUGCCGCUGACUUGGGUCAACUCUAUGAUCUCUUCGUGCAACUCAAGGUCAAUCUUAGAGUUAAUCUCAUGGGAUAUGACUACUCUGGAUACGGGGCAUCUACUGGCAAGCCUAGUGAAUCCAGCACAUAUGCUGACAUAGAGGCAAUCUAUGAAUGUCUUGAAACUGAAUAUGGAGUUAGCCAAGAAGACGUAAUCUUGUAUGGGCAAUCAGUUGGAAGUGGACCAACGUUGCACUUGGCAGCUAAAUUGCCAAGGUUAAGAGGUGUGGUUCUGCACAGUGGCAUUCUUUCUGGUCUUCGAGUGCUCUGCCAUGUGAACUUCACGUUUUGCUUCGACAUUUAUAAGAACAUCAACAAAAUAAAGAAGGUCAAGUGCCCUGUACUAGUAAUACAUGGUACAGAAGAUGAUGUUGUCAAUUGGUUACAUGGUAACAGACUUUGGAAAAUGGCAAGGGAGUCCUAUGACCCCUUGUGGAUCAAAGGAGGUGGUCAUUGUAACUUGGAGCUCUACCCUGAUUACAUCCGCCAUCUCUGCAAAUUCAUCCAAGAAAUGGAGAGCAUGACGACUGCGAAGCGCCUCAAAAAGAUUCGGCAAAGUGCGAAGCCAUCAAAGUCAAACCCAUGUUCCACCUGUAGAUGCUGUAGAGUGAAGUGUUGUAAACUCAAGUGUCCUGAAUGCUACAACUACUGCUGCUGCAUGAAUUAUUCAAUAUCUAUCAAUUGUCCUAAAUGCUGUUGGAGGCCUAGCUGCAUAAAGUGUUGCUGCUUCCCCAAGUUACCUAGUUGUUUUGGAUCAACAUGCUGCACAAAAUGGUCAUGGCCAAAAUGUAGUCUAAAAUGUUCAUUGCCAAAGUGUGCAAGACCAAGUUGCUGCUGCAUGAGUUGUUUAUGUUGGCAAUGUUGUGUGGGAAAACACAGUGAUGGCACAAAUGGAAAAUAGAAUGGCUAAGGGUCAUAACAUGCUUGUAUAGAAGAAUGGCAAGUCUUGCUAACACACCAUUCAAUAUUGUGAUGCAGUGGUGUACAAAAAGAGGAAGUAGUGGAUGACAAUUGUAGGAAAGUGAUAUGAUCCAGUGUCCUCUAUUAUUUUUGGUUUAUUUGGAGUUCUAUUGGAAUUUUUUACUCAUAAAACAUUGGUGUUUUAAUUAAUUUUCGAGGCAGUUGAUGAAUGACAUAUUGUAUCUUGUUCUGUA